CAAAGGAGAGACUCCACCUCAAAACAAAAGCCAAGCCUCACGCGAAGAAGAAGGGGAAGUUAAAAGCAGCGAAAGAAAGAACCCAUAAUAAGAGGCCGUCUCUCUCUCUCUCGGACUGAUUCGAUUCAAUCGCGUCUCUCUUUCUCUCUCUUCCUCUCUCAGCAUAUACAUACAUAUACAUCGAUAUAGCAUAGCAACAAAGGAUUAACAAAGCAGGAGGACAAGAAACGGUGGUGGUGGUGAUGACCUCUUAAUUCCUUUCAAUUCUCUCUCUCUCUCUCGUCUUUCUCUCUCUACAAGUCUCAUUGAAGAGUUCGCCUCGGUUUGGGGUUGGGGUGGUUUCCUCUCUUUCAUACUGUUUAUGUGUUUGCGUUAAUUAGUCCUCCUCAUACGCGUCUCACCACAUUGCUCUCUCUCUCUCUCCCUCUCUCUAUACAUACCCAUCCACUUGUGUCUCUUCUUUCUCUGUAUCUUCUCCAUAUCAAAUAACAAUCGAUAACAAUGGCCGUUCAAGCUCAAUACCCAUCAAAUGUUCUUCUCCUAAACAGAAGUGUACAAGAGGUAAAGAACCCACUUGGAAACGACUAUUCAUUGCAGCCACAACCAGGCGUUGUUGUUGGUGGAGGAGGAGGAGGAUUUCUUGAUCAAUCAUCCCACAUGUUUUUCAACAAUGGAGUGGGGACUAAUCCACGUAAGAGAGGAAGAGAACUCACAGCAACAACAUCCCCAAUCAAUAAUAAUCAUUUCUCUAUCCAACAAUCUCAUCCCUCUCAGCUCAUAGACCUCUCUCAACUUCACACCCCGCAACCUAAUGUGGUCUCCACAGGUCUCCGUUUAUCAUUCGGCGAACAACAACAAUUACGACAUCAUCAUCAACAACAACAACAACAAGCUCUCUCUUCUCAAUCUUCUGCUCUGUUUUCGGUCUUAUCUGAAGAUUUGGCAGCCCAAAUCACGCAACAGAGAGAUGAAAUUGAACAAUUCAUUCAAGCCCAGGGAGAGCAACUGCGGCGCACAUUAGCAGAGAAGAGACAGAGACACUACCGUACCCUGUUGGGGGCGGCGGAGGAAUCGGUGGCCCGGAGGCUGAGGGAGAAGGAAGCCGAAGUCGAGAAGGCGGCGCGCCGGAACGCCGAGCUGGAGGUCCGAGCGGCUCAGCUGAGAGCGGAAGCACAGGCGUGGCAGGCGAAAGCCAGGGCUCAGGAAGCCACGGCGGCGUCGCUUCAGGCUCAGCUUCAGCAAGCCAUAAUGGGCGGCGGUGCGCAGCCGCAGCAGCAGGAUAGAGGGGAGGAGUUGGGGUGUUCCGGCGGCGAGGCGGAGGACGCCGAGUCGGCUUACAUUGACCCGGACCGAGUCGAGGCGGCGAGUGGACCGAGUUGCAAGGCGUGUCGGGAACGAGUUGCUUCGGUGGUUGUGUUGCCGUGUCGGCACUUUUGUCUGUGUAGAGAAUGUGGUGCCAUGGCUCAAGCUUGUCCUGUCUGUCUCUCUUUCAAAGAGUCCACUGUUGAGGUCUUCCUUUCUUGAUGUGGGCCCCUAUCUCAGGCCCAGCCCAUCCCAAUCCUGGUCCAAUCUUUGGCCCAAUAGCAUGAGAGCCUGGACCAUCUUGCAGAGAGGGCAAUGAAGUUUGACAGCAAAGCUAAAAAAGUAAAAAGUAAAAAUUAAAAUAAUAUUGAAUAUAAUAAUAAUUAUAUAUUCUCGUCUCUUUUAUUUUAAUUUUUUUUUCCAUUCCAAUACUUGAAUUUUUGUGUUUUUAUUUAUUUAUUUCUUUUUUUGGGGGGACAGUGAGUAUCUUAGGGAUAAUGUACAUGGCCAACAAGGGUAGUUUUGCUUAUAAUUCUUUUUUGUUUUUCAAAAUUUAAUUCAUAUAUAAAUUAUUCUUUUAUUUGAUGAUUA